AUGUCAUCCGACAGUCGCCGUCGACCGUCUCGAGGAGAGAAGGUGAUUGCACUGACGCACCGCCACGGAGAGACAGAGACGACCUCUGUUCGAGCCGGCACCUCGCCGUCCUCCCAUCCGCACGUCUUUUCCAGCAGCGGCACUGCCUUCCCCGAGGGCAUGCUGGACGACGAGGAGGACGAGGGCGGUGGUGGCGGCGGCAGACUCGUGCUGCAGUUCGACUCCUCGUCGUCACCGCCACCGUCGUCGCCUCUUUCAGCCCUUCGCUCGGAGGUGGCAGUGGAUGACAUCGCACCCCUUUCAUCCACUAAUGGUGUGAAGGAGGUCAAGAAGGCCGUGACGGUGGAGGCGACACCAAGCGCAGAGAUCCUCUCUGCUCAUGUUGGAGCGACCGCAGCACCACGUAUCUCAGACGCGGCUACAGAAGCAUCGACAAACGCGACAUUAAACAAGGCCGCUACGGAGAACGUCGAGGGGAGCGUCAGCAAUGCCCCGCGCCGCCUGCUGCUGCUUCGCCCAGGCGCCGACGGCGCGCCCUGCUCGCUUUCUACACCUUCUUCCAUGGGAGUGCAGCCAGGGGUGCCGUUCUCAGCGACCUUGGACAGCUCACGAGGCGGCCGCGUCCUCAACAUAAACACCGUAACCUCGGCAAAGACAGAUGCCUUAUCAGCGGUACGGAUACAAGAGGCGCCGCGUACAGCGUUGCCACCCUCCCUAGUCGCCCCCACGACCAGGGCAACGGAAGCGAAAAAACGCGCCCCCAACGUAGCAGCAGCGGUGCCGCCGACAACUUUUAUUCGGACUUCCGCGGCCUCAGGUGCUCCUGAGCGUCGUGAGUGGCAGCCGUUUCUUCUCUCUUUCGCGUACCCAGGUGGCUUGACGAGUGCUACGUCUACGGCGCAGCAGGCACAGCCGCUGCCGUCGGCUCCGACUGCUAUGACGGGCCGCCGUGCCGUCGUCGCUGUACACUUGGAGUUUACUGCCGUCACGUUUGGGGAGAUCUCCUCCGACGCCGACACCGCCUUACCAGUCGCGCCCUGCUCACGUGGGGGUGUUGCAUCGUGCGGCUGGGCGCGGCAGUGUCGCUCUCGAAGCAUCCUUUCGCCAGUCGUAUACUCACACGACACCGCACGCAGAACAUCACAUGGCUACUCAAUCAUCGUAGGGGAUGCGUCCUGGCAGUCUUGCUGCCUGAUGUGUCCACAGGUGGCGGCGGUGCUACCUGAAGAUAAUGAUUGCUGUUGUGGCACGACAUGUGAAUCAGCCGUUAAUAGUGGUACUGGCGAAGUGCGCGCUGGCCCGCUGCUGGAUGUGUGGGUGCGUGCCGUGUCGGGGCGGCAGCUCUCGGCACAGCAGAGGAGGCGCUGCCACCGGGACACUUUCCCUUCGUCGAUGGAGGAAUGUAUCCCGAACAAUCAGCCCCAGCCCCAGCAUGAGUCUGUCAAACUGGAGGGUGCUAUGAAGGACGAGGGUGUAUGCCGAGUGCCUGCAGCGUCGUUGUUAUCGUCUGAGCCGUCGCAGCCGCUGUUCACGGCCGUCUUCACGGCAUCGUGGCUCUCCCAGCUGUGCUGCGUCUUCACUCCACAUAGCAUUGCAAUGCCACCCUGCCGGCAUCCGCACACGGGCGACGCGCUGUGGCCUCGACGAGCGAGGCGCUCCCUGUGGCCAUCAUCACGCUCAUCAAGUUUGCUGUGGGUCGCAACACAGGUGACGCAGGACUGCGUCGUGACUCAUCCGCGCUGCCUCACCGACUCUACGUCUGCUCAACGUCUUUGUUCAAGUGAGGUGAAGGGAGAGGUGCGGUACUGGUGGCUGCGGAGCGACCCCCGCCAGAGUGACGUGCUGCACUGGUAUUUCUGCCGCGUUUUGGCCUGCUGGGCAAGCGCCACCGCCGCGUCGCUUGCAACGUCUUCAUCACAUUCGUGCACGUCGCGGUGCGUGGCGAAUGGUGCUGUGGAAGGCUCCUCUCUUCUUGACAUCAUCGUUACGAAGGCCAACCCGCCCACCCUGAGCUUGCGUGGUGGCGCUGUAGGCACUACGUCUUCUGUGCUGGUGGCAGCUGAGACGCUUCAUGCAGCAGCGCUGGAGGCCGAGGACGCGGAGGAGGCGCCGUCAGCCGCGACUGCCGCUCCACCUGUAGCUGCAGCUGGAAGACGAAGACUCUCUCCUUCGGCGCUGCGAGCCCGCGUUGCCAUCACUGCUGCUGUGCUGCAGCACCUAAUGUGGGGUGCAGUGGCGAGGUUGAGUACGAGUUGCACGGGCGAGACGUCGAGGACCGGUGGCGCGGAGUGGACAGAGGGGAGCAAUCCUGAGCGAAGACAAUCGACGCCGCUGCCACCGCAGGAGCAGCACGUCGCGCACUUGGAGGGAAUGACCUCGCGUCUUGUGUGCGCCGCGCGAGUGCUGGCAGUGCACUGGGUGUGUGGCAGUCCGUCUCUCCUGCGCAGCACCCACGCAUCACUGAUGGACUUUCUUGCAGAGGAGCGGCUGCUACUGUCCUCCGUUUUGCCUGUGGGGCGUUUGCUGAACAGCAUGCGUGCCAGCUCUCCAAAGGGCGUCGAGGCAUGCGACCCUGUCAAGGUUCCCUCCACCACGGGACUCGACAUGCUGCUCCACUUCGAGUCCCAGUAUGCUUCCGCUUCAUUUGCGGCGCUGGCGUGGCUGUCGCAGCAUGCCGCCGACAUACAGCUGCUUCGAGGCGAGGGUUUUGUGUCGCUACGUCUCCACGAAGCAGAGAGCUUACUGCUCCGCUCUGCGUUAGCACUACCGGAGUCUCCCCAGCUUGGUAGGCUGGUGGCGCACCACUUGCAUUCCGGAGAGACUUCAGUGUUUGGGCUGCGUUCGUACACUGGGGAACCACAUCAGCGCUUACCUCUGGACAGCGGAGAAGCUAUGGUGGGUCUGUCGGCCCCUCAAACACCCUUGCGAGGGACGGUGAAUGUGCGCAUUGAACACGCGGCAGUAGUGAACGCGUUCAUGGUGCACCUCGAGUGGACGACGAUGAUGGUGGCGGCCGCGUGUGAUACACCCGCACCGGCAUUCUCCUCAGGCAUCCAUGGAGCAGUGGAGCUACCAUUUCUCCUACUUGUCUUUGUGGUCGAAGAGGACGUGCGCGGCGUCGCCCAUGACUCUGAGGACUCUUCAUUGACCAGCGGUGAUGAUAGUUUCACAGGAACUGGUGGCGUUGGUGGGCGCUCUGUACGCCUGUAUCAAGUGACGCCAUUCUCCUGGCGUCUGGGCGCUGCUGCCUGCGCCGCCGACGGCUUUACGGCUCGCACAACCCAACUGGUGAUGCACGCACUGGACCUGGUGGCGCGACGGCCAGACGUCUUUGAGGGGUUUCACAUGGAGGCCAUUGCGCGUUUUGGCAGCAGCAAAGCCACCACGGCGGCCGCCAGCGCACGAAGACGAAAGACACUGAAGCGCACUCGUGGUCACUGGAGCGGCCCUGACGGUGCCGACGGCACUGCAGAGAGAGGCGCUUGUGCCACUACCGUAUCGUGGAGACGCGCGGCACGCGUAGACACUGCCACCGUGCGACGCAGCGGAGCUCCGCUCCGCGCAUGUAAGAGGCGAAGAACGGGCGUGGACGCCAGGGAUGUCGAUAGGAAAGGCAGUGAGGCGUCUGGUGACGAUGAAGAUGGCAGUAGCGAUGUAGAAGUUGAGAACGACGAUGCGAGCAGCCCAGUGCUCAGCGCGUGGUCGAGUCGCAGCUUUCGAGCCGCCGCAGCUGCAGCGUCGCCGCUGGACAGCACCCCUGCACACCGCCGACGACCCGACAGCGGUUUUCCCAAGAACUCAGGCGGCAGGUCUUUGUCAGUGGUUGACACGGCGCGCGUCGUGCCCGUGGUUGUGUUUCGCGAAGAUGCUGCCGCCCCGCUGCUGGAGGUGGUGGUGAGCCACGCAAGUCAACUGGCCGCACAGCUCGCGGCGUUCGGCAGCAGGGCAGCGAAGAGUACCCGCAGGAGCAAGGAGGAAGAGGAUGAGGCGCAGGAGGAGGCGUCGCGCGUGUUGUGCGCAUUGCUCGAUCACUGGAUUGGCUUCAGCUCACUGCACGCAGCGGCACCACAGUACAUUGCUGACUUGCAAGCCUGCCAACGGCACGGCGCUCUCGCACCCAUCACGCAACUGGGCAACAUGUCAACGCACUCGUCUGCGCUGACAGAGCCUUGCGUCCUUCACGCCUACAUAGGCUUGCUUCGGUCUCUGUGGCGAGAAUUUGAGCGCCUUUCUCCAUUGUUCUCGCACUCUGUGGCGGCUUCUCCUUUGGCGUCCUCACCCCUCACCAGAUUUGUGUCGUUGGGCGUACUGCGUGCUCAUGUGCUGACUCCUGCCUGCGUUGCGGCGGCUAUCGAGGCUGCUAUCGCCGAGUACGUCCGACAAGACAUCGAGUGCAGAAGACGUUCGCUCUUUGCACAAAGAGAUGCGGCUUUUCAGUGGGACUCGGAGGAGGCCGAGGAGGACGAGAAGAGGGGGAGCGGCGCGCGGCGGGGGAAGCCUAAGAAGCACACGCCGCAGCAACAGCGUGUACAGGAGGAGCUGGCGACCGAGGCUGCGGCACGGGCCACAUGGGCAUCAGUCGCCACACAGAUGGAGGCUCUCGUCAGAGUGUUCUACGCGGAGGUGCUAGGAGAGUAUCCUCGUCCGUCACCACUGCUGCAGUCCGAUGCCCGCUCUCGAGCGCUUCAUGGAGCGACGGAGAAGGCCCCCCUCUCUGGGUCGGCAGAGGGUGGCGUGGUGCCAUGGGACACGCCCAAUUCCCGAGAGAUUGCCGCCUCAGAGAGGCGUGCGGCCUUCCAGUCUCUUCUUCACAGUCUCCUGCAGCGAGUGGAGGCUGAGGGGGAGGGGCAGCCGCCGCCGCCGCCGCCGCAACACGGUGACUCAACAAUGCUGCCCCUUGUACCAACUGCUCGGCUGCAGCUGACCGGCGCAUCCACCGACAAGUCCACCUCGCUGCGGACGGUAUCCUCCUCUUGGGAGUCGUUGCAGAGGCGUACAUUCGGUGCUGGUGACGUGGCGGAUCUGAAUGUCACGGUCGCCCAACUAGCAGAGGCGUGUGUGACACAAUUCUUGUGCGCUCCUCGGCAUUCAUGUUUCUGCUCAGCUGGAGCCACUUCUACAAACACGUGGGGCGGAAAAAAACGAGUUGACAAGGUGGCUCCGCGGUCGGUGGUAGGUGAGGGUGCAGCCGCGCAGCGGGCUGCUCAACUGCUGUGUGUCAGUGACGCUUUCCUGCAAUCGCGCGGCGAGGGCACAUCUACGGCUUCCGCGCACAGACAUGUGACUACUGCCAAGCUUGCGCUGCCGCUGGCGCAGCUUAUGAUGAGCACAGAAGCCGUGCUACACUGA